AAUCAAAAGGUUGCCAUUAAUUCUGCUGCGGAGACUGCUAAGCAACAAAGAAGAUGGUGAUUGGCCAGAUUCUUGCUCAUGAGUUGUGGCAAGUCUGACAAAUUCAAUUACUUUUGUUCAAAGCUCUAUCUUGACAGCUUUAGGUAAAGGAGCUUGCUAUGAUGUACUAAAGUAAAUAAUUUGUGUUCCUAGAGUAAGCUUUGGAACUAUAGGAUUUGAAGGCAAGAGAACAUAUCAAAGAUCUUGCCCAAAGCUCCCUCCAAGUCGGACUCAGCUGUACAUCAUGACAGACAUUCCAGUGACAUUCAGUCGGGUUGAGUGUAAUGGGGAUGCACCCCCUGAAAAUGGUCAACAAAAAUUCGCUGAAAUCCCUGAGGAAGCCAGUGACGUGGAUGGCACCCCACCAUACUGCAGGGUAGAACCUAGGCUUGAAAAUGUACCCCCAGAAGGAAAUCCGGAGCAAAGUGAAAAAUUACAAGGGAAUAUACAGCUCAACUCACCCAUGGAUGAGAAGAUUCUAAAAGAAAAACCAGAAGAGAAUCUCUAUAUUGUUCGUAAGGCUAUCACAGAUCUCUCUCUCCAAGAAACAAGUGUUGAUGAAAUGACAUUCAGGGGAGGGCAUCAGUGGGAGAAGAUUCCUUUGAGGAGCAGUAACCAGGAAAUAAGUAGACAAAAGGAAAGGAUUGCUGAGCAGCCUCUAGAAGAGAGAGAAAAUGAGGAUCUGAAGAAUGAAGCUCAGCAGGCAACUGAAAUUGAAUGGUUAGGAUUUCGGAAACCUAGCCAAGUUGAUGUGUUCCGUUCUAAGCAUGAUGAGCAAGAAGUUUGGGAUGAAGAAAUUAAUAACGAUGAUGAUGAUUACAAAGAUGAUGAAGAUGAAGUUCGAGUGAUCGAAUUUAAGAAAAAAAAUGAAGAUGGUUCUCAAUUAAAAGAGGAAGGCCAUGCAAGGGAGGACUCUCCACUGAGCAGCCCCAGUUCCCAACCUGUCACACCUGAUGAGCAGCCACCCUUCGGAAAGAAGGGUGAUAUCUCCAGAAAUGCUUAUUCAAGAUACAAUACGAUAUCCUAUCGGAAAAUCAGAAAGGGGAACACCAAGCAAAGAAUUGAUGAAUUUGAGUCUAUGAUGCAUUUAUAAGCUAACUGGAACUGAGAAGUUAUCAAGCCCACUAAAGCAAAAGCUAAUUCUAUUUUCCUGAGAUGAAUCUUUGUGUGCCUUAUUUGAAUCAUCCCCUUUAAAUAAGUGGAAGCUUAAUCUCAGUUUCACUGUAGAAUAAUGUGGGAAUAACCCUAGAGAAUAUUCAGUAUGGUAACCUCAAAUCAAAAAACUUGAUUCACCCUUGGACAUUUGCUUGUUAAAACUUCACUAAUAUAGCCUUGUGUGAUAAGCACUAAACAGCCAGCACCACUGGGGAAUCUGGCAUUUAAAAGUUUGGCUUUAAACGUAGCAAAGCUGGGAAAUGAUGUCUUUCUUCCUGCCUACUAAGGGUGAUAGAAAGUCAGGUAUUGAAUCUCUCUUUUAAAGGUGGUUUCAUAGACUCUGGCAAUAAACUUUCCAAAAUGCUUUGCCUUUUUGAUUAUCUUCAAAAAAGAUUUUAAGUUGUUUUUCUUGGCACCUUACAGAGUGAAAUUCUGUAUAGACUGCUUUUCUAGGUGUUACCAUUCACUGAAUUUUCUCACCUGAGGGGCUGAGCAAUUGUCAGUCAGAAAAAUUCUGUUUACUAAAUGGUGGUUUAAUGCUCUCAAGAUGAAUUAGAUCCAUUGUGAGGUUGCUACAGGGAAGCACUUGAAGAUUGGUGGGCAAUAGACUAAAGAGUUAUAUCAGAUAGUUUAUUCCCGUGACAGAAAAUAAAAUCUUGUCUAGCACAGUUAAAGUCAUUAAACAUGAAAAUGACAGCUUUAGCACAAUUUUGAGAAAAUACCCCUCUCUAUUACUACACUUUCUCUUAUUAACAGUAUCUCAGAAUAAUUUUCUUUCCUUAGAAACCUGAGACAACUCUAGUCAUAACUGUACUAGUUACUAUGAAAAUGGAAAUAAUUAUCUUAGAGUAUUUUCAAAGCAGAGUGUGAAUGUGUAUUUUUAGUGAGAAAGCUCUGAUGGUUGUUGGGAAUAUAUAAUUUACUGGACCUCAGCCCAAAUCAAGAUGCUUAAAAUUGUGCUUGUGAAGCUUCACUCAAAUCAAUGUGUCAAAUAAUGUAUUGAAUAUUUAUGAAAAGGGAGAGUCUAUAUUUAUAUUCUUAGAUAGUUCCAUAAUUUUUCACUUCAUGCUUCUAUAUAUAUUAUCCUGAGCUUUCUGUCACCACAGAUAAAGAGAUUUUUUUGGCCCUGAAAAUAAGAGACAAUUCCUUAUUGUCUGAAUGUAAUACAGUCUUCAUUGUACUAUUCAACCCUUUGUUUAUUUAUUUUUCAUUUCAUGAAAAACUCUGGGAUAGCCCUUCUCAGAUUAUUGCUUAUUUAUGUGUAACAAAUCCCACACAUUCUAAAGGCACUUUCCUUAAAUCUUUCUUGUCAUAUAAUAUAUGUCCAUAGUAUCAUGUACUAUUAUUUACUGUUCACAAGACUCAACUUUGAAUUCUUUUUUCCUUUUAUUCUUUCAAACAGAUAAUUCAAAAUCUGACCAUAUAAAAGUCUGUCUUGCUUAAUCUAUAUAAUCUAUAUAUUACAUUCUCAACAGUGCAAAUUUUCAGAAUAAAUCCAGAGAAAUUAGGUCUUUAUUGAUAAAUUUAGGUAGAAGAUUGAUGUACUAGGACAAUGACCUGUGUAUUUAGAUCCUCUUAAUCUUUCCAUCUGGACAACCCACUUUCUUUUUGGAUUACUGGUGACCACUAUAAUUUUCUACUUAACUUCAAAGCACAGUAUUGUGUUAGCCAUCAUGGGAUAGGACCAUAUUGCUAACCUACCAUCAACAGAAUUAUUCCAGCAGAGGUGGAGUAUUCCUGAGGACCCAGAGUGAGGUGGGUGAUCUGUGGCCAUUUGCAUGGCCAAGCAACUAGUUCUUAUUGGGCUCCAAAAUAUAGUCCUUUUAGCUCUGUGCUCUUACCAGAUGAUUAACCAACUAUGAAAGAUUUUUGUCAACAGAGACUAUUUCAGGCUACAUGUAAUGAGUAAAUGCUUAAUGCUCCCAGAUGAGGCAAUGUAGUUGCAAAAGAGCACUAAAACUAUUAUUUGGCACUGGUGUCCAUUGCCUUAGGCUGAUAUCUCACACUAAGAUCACAGAGUUAAGUGACUAUAAGGAACAUAACAGUGAUAGAUGGUUGUUUGAUUCCUCGUAACCUAGAAAAGACAAGGGACUGGCUCAAAUCGUAUGGAGGACAUUUAACAUAUUUGAAAAGCAUAUGGGACAUAUUAAGAACACAAAUUGGUAACUACAUGCGAAGGCUGACCACUUUUAUGAUUGAAGAUUUAGGGGUGAAAUAAGGACUCUGGUACCUGGGAGGAAGGAGAAUUGAUUUAUUGUGAGAAUGCUGAUAUUUCUUACAUUAUUUUUUAUUUUCUUUAGAUGCUGAGUGAACAGGAAGUAAUAACAGUUCUAGUUCCCUAUCAGUAUAAAACUUACCUUUCAUAUAAUGCUACCUUUGAAGACACAGAAUAUAUCAGACUCUACCUACUUGUUAACAAUUUAAAUAUGUGUUUGACCGGCUCGCAAUAAAAGCUUGUGUCUAUGUUUUUGUCAA